AUGGUUCUCACAAUUAAACCAAUCCAGUUGCCACUUCAAGUCUCCCCUGCCGCAAGUUGCAGCACCCAUAAACCUACAGUUGCGUCCCAGUCUCAGUUUGAAAUACUCGAAACUCUUGGCCGAGGAAGUAAAGGUAUUGUGUACAAAGUAGUCCACAAUGUUACCCGUGAUGUUCGUGCAUUGAAGACGUAUAACAAUUCGGCUACUUAUGAUGAAGUUCUCAGAGAGAUCGCCAUACUGGAGUCUAUUGAUUGUCCUUAUAUCACUCAGUUUCAUGGUACUGUUUUCUCCGACUCGGGGGCCGGAUGGAUGCCUAUUCUCAUGGAGUACAUGGAGGCCGGAAGUCUUCAAAAUCUAGUGAAAAUUAAUGGUACAUUGUCCGAGAAGAUGAUAGCCGAAGUAGCAAGAAGAAUACUGAUGGGGCUCGAUUAUCUGCACAAUACUAAACACAUAGUUCACUGUGAUAUAAAGCCUGCCAAUCUGCUUGUCAAUCACAACAUGGAAGUUAAGAUCGCGGAUUUUGGAGUUAGCAAGCUAAUUGAUUUAGCAAGUAAUGAGAGACACAUAUUUUCAGGAACUACUGCGUACAUGGCUCCUGAAAGAUUUGAUUCAUGUGCUUAUGGUGAUGAUUUGGAUGUUUUUGCUGGAGAUAUCUGGAGCUUGGGAUUGACGCUCAUGGAGAUAUAUACCGGCCAUCAACCCUACUUCGCCCCAGACAGAAAGCCUAACAAGACUGAGUUUGAUCUAAUGUUUGAUGUAUGUUACAAUGAUCCCCCUACUUUGCCUGAAGAGGCCUCUCCUGAUUUUCAAGACUUCAUCAGAUGUUGCUUGGAGAAAAAUCCAAGCAAGAGAUGGAAGGCACUCCCGUUGUUAUCUCAUCCUUUCCUUAUCAACAAGCUAGAUAGCCAAGACGCUCCAAUUGCACAAGACAACUCCAAUGCAGAGCCGGUGGACACUAAAGGCAGGAAAAGAGAAGCAAAUAUCGAAAUACGAGAGUCCUCAAAAAGGGUGAAAAGGCAGGAUGUUCAAGUAUAA